CUAAUUUUGGACUCUAUAUUCUCACUCCCCCUUCUCCCCCUCUUCCUCUCUCAAAUCCAAAUCUCCGACUUGAUAAAUCUGCCAUACGCAAGAAUGAUCUCAUCUUGCUAGAAAUCGAUCAGCAUUCUUCAUUUUUGGGAGUCAAAAUGUUAGGUUUUUGGAGGUUUAUUCCGUUGCUUUUGCUCGUGAGCUUGGUUUCCGGAGCAGCUGUUUUGCCCUCUGAUGAAGUGGAAUCGCUGAGGGUGAUAGCGAAGAGGUUAGGGAAGACGGAUUGGGAUUUUAGCGUGGAUCCAUGCAGCGGGUUGUCGGGUUGGGCGACCCCGAACCCGGUUAGAGGCAGCGAAAAUGCAGUCACUUGCAACUGCACGUUCGAUAAUAACACUACCUGCCACGUCACAAGCAUAAUUUUGAAGGCCCAGAGCCUUAAUGGAUCAAUCCCACUCGAGCUCGUCAGACUUCCAUUCCUUCAAGUGAUUGACCUCACUCGGAACUACCUCAACGGCACCAUCCCUCCACAAUGGGGUUCCAUGAAUCUUGUAAACAUUUCUAUGUUCGGGAACCGUAUAAGCGGUUCGAUACCAAAAGAGCUCGCCAACAUCACUACACUCCAAGAGCUUGUUUUGGAGUGCAAUCAGCUGACCGGAACCAUUCCUCCCGAGUUGGGAAAUUUUCCUCAAAUCCGUCGAUUGCUGUUUUCUUCCAACAAUCUAACCGGAGAGUUACCCACGAGUCUAGCAAAAUUGGCCACUUUGGCAGACUUUCGUAUUAGCGAUAAUUAUUUCAAAGGAAGCAUACCGGAUUUUAUUCAGAACUGGACAAAUUUGGAAAAAGUAGCGAUUCAGGCUAGUGGUCUAGCUGGGCCAAUCCCUUCUGGUAUUGCUUCGUUAACCAAAUUGACAGACGUGAGAAUCAGCGACUUGAACGGGAAUGAUUCAAGUUUACCGUCUCUUAGUCCAUUGAAAAAUAUAAAGACUCUGAUAUUGAGAAGUUGCAAUAUUGUCGGGACGUUGCCAGAGUAUAUUGGAGAUUUGACGACACUUAAAGUAUUAGAUCUAAGUUACAACAAGUUAACAGGACCGAUUCCCGAGAGCUUUGUUCACCUAGCAAACACGGACUUCGUCUAUUUAACUGGGAAUUCUCUGAGUGGGCCGCUGCCAGCUUGGAUGCUGAAAGACGGGGACAGAAUUGACUUGUCUUACAACAACCUUACAUCUGGAAGCUUACCAGCAGAGUGUCGGCCGCGUAACCUAAACCUGUUUGCUAGCUCGAAAGGAAACACCGUUGGUGUUGCUUCGUGCUUAAGCAGAAGCUGUGAGAAAAAGUAUCACUCUCUCCACAUAAACUGUGGAGGAGGGCAUGAAGUGGAUGACAAAGGAGCUAGCUACGACGAGGAUACAAAUUCGGGUGGGCCUUCGGAUUUCUACUUAGGUAGGACAAACUGGGGAUUCAGCAGCACCGGUCACUUCUUGGAUGACGAUCGCACUACAGACUCCUUCACCUGGCAAAAUACCUCGAGCAUUUCUGGACAGAACGAGAAGCUCUACAGAAAUGCACGCCUUUCUCCCCUCUCGUUGACAUACUACGGAUUUUGUUUGAUAAACGGAAACUACACAGUAAACCUUCACUUUGCGGAGAUCAUGUUUACUGAUGACAGAACAUAUAGUAGCCUCGGAAGGCGUAUAUUUGACGUCUACAUUCAGGGGAAGCUGGUGCUGAAGGAUUUCGACAUUGAACUCGAAGCAGGAGGAGUGAACAAGCCACUCAUUAAAAACUUCACUGUAGUUGUUACUGAUACUACCUUGGACAUUCACUUCUACUGGGCUGGAAAGGGUACAAGUGGCAUUCCUGUUCGCGGAGUCUAUGGUCCUCUCGUUUCAGCCAUAUCCGUCAAUCCUAGUAUUGUUGGAAUAAAGGUUGAGAAAUGA